GGGCCCAGGGCAUCCUGUGGACUCCACGGCCUUCUCGCUUCUUUCUCCUACACCAUAAUCCGCAAAAUUCCUCUCCCUUUCUUGCUCUCUCUCCCCUGCAACUCGAAACAAAAGCUUCAGCUUGCAUAUCUAUCCAGAUUCAAUAGCGCAUUCACGUAUAUACCGGUUACACAGGAAUUUGAUUUACUGUAAAAAAUCGGAACCGUAUUAAUUGAUCACCGUCUUGCAUUUUUUAUCUGACGGCAAGGGGAGAAUGAGCGUGAAGGUACCUGCAACGCGGACGCGAGUCGGGAAGUACGAGUUGGGACGGACCGUAGGUGAAGGCACCUUCGCCAAGGUCAAGUUCGCCAAAAAUGUCGAAACCGGCGAUAGCGUUGCCAUUAAAAUACUCGACCAAGAGCAAGUCCUCCGUCACAAGAUGGUCGAACAGUUGAAAAGAGAAAUAUCGACAAUGAAACUGAUCAAACAUCCUAACGUUGUUCAAAUAUAUGAGGUCAUGGCAAGCAGAACAAAGAUUUAUAUUGUUCUUGAGUUUAUUGAUGGAGGCGAGCUCUUUGACAAAAUUGCAAAGCAUGGGAGACUUAAAGAGGAUGAAGCCAGGAGAUAUUUUCAACAGCUCAUCAACGCUGUGGAUUACUGUCAUAGUAGAGGAGUAUACCAUAGAGAUUUGAAGCCUGAGAACCUUCUUCUUGAUUCUUAUGGCAUUCUUAAAGUCUCAGAUUUUGGAUUGAGUGCAAUAAUGUCGCAACAAGUACAGGGGGAUGGGCUGCUUCACACUACAUGUGGAACCCCAAAUUAUGUUGCCCCUGAGGUUCUCAAAGACAAAGGUUAUGAUGGUGCAACAUCUGAUGUUUGGUCUUGUGGGGUCAUUUUGUACGUGCUAAUGGCUGGAUACUUACCAUUUGAUGAGCCAAGUCUUAGGGAGUUGUAUAAACAGAUUUGCAGUGCCGAUUACACAUGUCCGUCUUGGUUCUCCUCUGGUGCAAAGAAACUGGUAAAGCGCAUUCUUGAUCCGAAUCCUAUGACACGGAUAACCAUUCCUGAGAUCCUAGAAGAUGAGUGGUUCAAGAAAGGUUACAAGCCUCCACAGUUUGAGCAGGAAGAGGGUGUGACUCUUGAUGAUGUUGAUGCUGCUUUCAGUGGCUCAAAGGGACCUCUAGUAACAGAAAGGAAAGAGAAACCUGUGUCAAUGAAUGCUUUUGAGCUUAUUUCUAAAACACAGGGCUUUAGCCUCGAAAAUUUGUUUGAGAAGCAGGCGGGUCUUGUGAAGCGAGAAACCCGUUUUGCUUCCCAUAGCCCUGCAAAUGAAAUUAUGUCUAAAAUUGAGGAAGCUGCAAAGCCUCUGGGCUUUAAUGUUGACAAGCGAAACUACAAGAUGAAGCUGAAAGGUGAUAAAAAUGGGAGGAAGGGUCAGCUCUCUGUUGCCACUGAGGUGUUCGAGGUAGCACCCUCCUUGCACAUGGUGGAGCUCCGGAAAAUUGGCGGUGAUACGCUAGAGUUUCACAAGGCAUGUGAAGUUCUACAGAAAUUUCUCAACAGGGUUAAAGGAUAUAGUCUGGAAAUCUGAAGGAACCAUAGAAGGAGUGAGGUUAUAACAGAAACUGUCACAUUGAGUCCAUUCCAUUAAUGGUUCUUAGUUUAAGCUGUAUUGCAUUUAUAAAUCUGGGAAGCGGCUGCAAUUUCAGCAAAGCAAGGUGUCGGCUUGUGCGGUGUUUUUAAGGGAUCUGCACUGGAGUGACAAGGAAGAAAUGAAGGGGUAUGUAUUUGGGCUUUGCUUCCUCUAACACUGCCUCCCAACUUAUUUUCUCCUCUUUCCAAUUGAUUUCUUGAAUCAAAUCCACCAUGUUUUUGCAAUAGGCGACUGUUCAUGUAAUUGAAUGAAUCCUUCAUUUGACAAUAUACUGCAGUAUAGAAGAGGUUUAUUAGCUUUUGUGCUCUUCGUUAGAAAUUUCGUGUUGCAUUCUUCACACAGCUAUUCUGACAUCAUCUCAUUACUGGAAUUAUUUAUAUUUUAUAUUA